UAUUGAACUGUUGAAUAAUUGUUUGAUAGCUGGGUGCAUCAUUGGCAAAGAAGUGCGUAGAAUGCUACAUUGUCUCUCAAGAAACUUAUCUUGCAUUCAGUAUGCAACUUGAUUGCCAUUUCCAAAUAUGUCUAUUAUUUCUCGCAUAAUACAUUUCACGAUAGGGAAGUUCAACUUCUUUUGUAGCAUAUUCUGUCCUUGCUUCUUUGCAAUUCUCUAUAGCGGACCCGAUGAAUAUGUCGUCAUCAAGAAGAUAUUCAGCUUCUUUUUCGGCUGUGCCGUCGGCAUCGGAGUCUACUUCGCCGCCUUCGACAACCACUUCGAGGAGUUUGCCCGCUUCCUGAUGGGCUCCACGUUCACGCUGGUGUGCGGCGUCGGCUUCACGGCGUCCACCCAGUUCCGCUGCAUGGCCAUGCUGUGCGUACCAGAGUUCUGCGGCAACUCGGGCCGCACUGUGCUCAGGACGUUCGUCUUCACGCUGAUGCUGUCCGGGCCGCUGCAGAACAUGUCGCACAAUGUGGACGAGGUGGUGCGCUGUCUCAAGUGUAUCAUGGAUAUGAUACAGGAGGUGAUGAUCGGCUACCUGAAGCUGUUUGCCAUGCCGGUGGCUUCCAUCAUGACCGACCUCUCGUUCGGCAUGAACAAGCUGAAGUCCAUCUCACAGCUAGUGCCGAAGGCGGCCAAGCCUCUGGUGAGCUCGAUGGAGGACACGGGCAUGCUGCCUCAGCUGGAGGAGGAUGCCGCCUACGCCGACUCCACUGUCGACGCCUUCCCUCGCACGGACCAGCUCACUGAGAAGUACAAGGCGCCUAAGAACGAGACGCCAAAGGAGAAGGUCGAACGCGAGUUCGAUCACAAACUAGAGGCCAUGUGCAACGAUGUCUUCACCACCGGCAUCUUGACGUGCCGUAAGACGAUGAAGCAGAAGUACAACGACUGCUGGGAGAAGACCAGUCCUCUGAUCGCCUGGGCCUUCUGCCUCAUGUUUAAGCUGGAGUUCAUCUGCUCCAUGGCAAAAGUUGUGGAUCCCUCUUCCAAAUGUGACCUUGCCGGAGCUGGACAGAAAGCGGGCUUUGGUGAAGUGUAUCUCGGUGCAAAAGACGCGUCAACGGCCUUUGCAACGCCUUUCCAAACCGCGUACGCCGUGGGUCAGAAGAUCCCAGGACGGAAAGUUGUGGACGAUAUCCAAGAUGUCUCAGCAAACAUCCGACACGAGAUAUACAGGAAAAAGGCACUCUUCAACGAGGUCGUGGAUAUCAUCAAGAGAGUCGCUGCUUUCUUCUUCAUUUAUGUAUUCGUCACGGCGUUCAGGUACCACAACAAAUACCUGGAUGACAUUCAGUAUGACAACAAAUAUGUGACGUCUUACUUCCGGAAGAUCGACGCACGUCGUCGGAAACGUGGCCGCAAAACGCUGAUGCCAUUGAAACGGAUGGAGCGGAACGAACUGAUCGACACGUUCUACAUCGGCUUCACCAAGACUGAAAAGCAAAUAUUGCUCCGCACUUCAGCCAUCCUGGUAGCUGAGCUUCUUUCCGUCUUCAUGAUAUUCAUCAUUGACUGGAUGUUCGCUUCAUUCUUAGAUUUGCUUCGACGUCAUGGAUAUAUCACCAUUUACCAGUCAGGGCAUCACGACUUCCGCAUGAUUUACCGCGGCGAAGGCUUCCUCAAGAUGAUCGCUAACCUGCUCAAAAAGCAUCUCAACAAGGAGUUCACGAUCCAGCAGGCGGUGGAUAACCGUGAGUGCCUUCCACGUCCGACUUUCCUGCCUGUCACCGUCUAUUUGCGCGCCUUCUCCCUGUACGCGGCUAUCGUCGGCCUCACAGUGUACGAGAGCCUUCUGCAGCGUAGCCGGCGCGCAAUUUGCGGCUUCUUCCAUCCCAAGAGGGAGAAGCGUCGCGUGCUCUACCUCUACAAUGAGACGCUGCGCCGGCGGCGCGGCUACCUGCGCUUCAUGCGACACCGAACGCGGCGCGAGGCUCGCAAGAACCAGCUGUCGCAGCAGCUGAGCCUGCUGGCCGCGCUGCGGCUCGAGUGUCCCUCGCUGUGCGGCUGGCUGAGUCUGUGCGCCAGCGCGCGGCGCGACUGUCUGGUCUGCAAGGACACGGAGACGCCGCUGUUCGUGGACUGUCCGAACCCGUACUGCAACUUCUGCUACUGCCACGAGUGCUGGCGCGACAUCGGCGCCCGCUGCUACGGCUGUGAUCCCGUGGAAUCGUCCUCGUCGGACGCCGACACACCGCCGUCCACCGACGACGAGAUCUGACGCGUCGCGAUGAGAACUGACGCCUCGCGCAGUCGGCCAGCCACGUCUUUUUUGUCAGAACCGUGCGUGGGUGUCCAUCUGUCCAUGUUUUGUCAUUGUUCAAUGUGUGGUAACUUGGUUUUGAGCUGAGCUGAGGUAAUAUGUUACCUUGUCACCCUGUGCUUUGUUGAAAUGAUUGUGCGACGGAGUGGAGAAAUGAUAAUCAAUAUUCAUCCUAUAUAUCGACCAACAUCCGUCCAGGUAGGAUAACUUUUCAUUUGUGUUGCUUCCAAUGCACCCAUUUACAUGCAUUGCAAUUUAGCCUAAAUCGUUACACCGUUAUAGUUUCGCUAUAUCUAUUGAAUUUUAUUAGCAGGUGGUUUGUGAAAUAUACUCGACAUGAAUGC